AGAAGCGGGGCGACAGCGGCGCCUGAUCCAGAGAAUAUGAAGGCUUGUGCUUGCGGAGAGUGAAUGGGUUAGUGGUGAGGGUGACUGGUUUUACUGGGAGAAAUGUCUCUGUCGUCCACACGCAGCUCAGACUCGACCAGCCGGAGGAGAAAGACCGCAGAACAGUCGCAGGAUCCUUCAUGUGUUCUUGAUCCUCAUACGAGUUACAAUCAUGAGGAGAUCCAUGACGGACUGCAGGAGACCCAACUACCUGAUGCCACACACACUCCGUCUCCACAUCACUCCUUAUGUCCCGCAGCCGCUUGUGCGAGCCAGCAUGUCUGUGAAGCCAGCUGGGAGGAGAUACAGAGCAAGAGAACCAUCAGAGUGGAGAAUGAAGUGGAGGCUAACAAGCUGGUCAACAACUACAGGUUUGGUUUCAGAAAGUGGAAGAGCCACGUCACGGCGCGACCGUUUGAAGACCGGUCAGAUGUUGUGAAGGAGCUUUACUCUGAACUGAACGUCAUCAAACCACAUUCAGGUCCAGGUCACUUCAUCACGUGUGGAAAUCUUGUGUAUGUGCUCCUGUUUGGUUGGUGGGUGUCUCUGGCGUAUUUUUUGGUCGGUAUUCUGAUGUUCAUCACUGUUAUCGGCUUACCCUAUGGGAAGCUUUGCUGGAAGUUGUGUUGCUACUUCCUGUGGCCAUUUGGAAACACGAUCCAUGAGAUUGGAACCACUUUGAGGAGAUGUUGUGAGGAGGCACCAGACUGUGAGUGCAGCGUGGAGACGGUGGCGGACAGCUCCUCGGUUCUGCUGCCUUCGGCCACAGAGGGACCGGCUCCAGAGGUGCCGGAACGACCUCCUCGCACUCCUUACUGGCAUCGUCUCUCCACCUACAUCUGGCUGCUGCUGGGUUUUCCUCCCCUGGCUGUCGUCCAUUCUCUGGUCUGCUUCGUCUCCUGGAUCCUGGUCUUCACCAUCCCGGUCUCCAAGAUGAGCGCUCAGACCAUGAGCGUCAUUCUGCUCCUGCCUCCUGAGGACGUCCUGCUGUCCUCCAGCUCUCACCUGAAGCAUCAAGGCUAUGAGACCAGAGCUCUGCUGUGCUGCUACCAUGCUGCAAACUGGUACUACUACAAAUACACUGUUGAUGGGAUCAAUGUGUUUGCUGUCAACCUCCUCCCCCUAGUUAUUGUUGCCCUGGUAAUCGGAUAUGUUGACAGAGAAAACCAGUUUGCCAGUUCAGAUGUCAAGUUUGCCACAGCGAUCAGCUCCAUCAUACCCCUGUCUUACUACAUCGGCAUGGGCAUCGCAAGUAUCGCCGCCCAGAGUAACUUCGCUGUCGGCGCUGUGGUGAACGCCACCUUCGGCUCCAUCACAGAGCUGACCUUUUACAUCACAGCCCUGCUCAGAGGCCACCGGGGGGCCAAUCCCUGUCUGCAGGAGGUCGUAAAGGCGGCGCUGACUGGGACUCUGCUCGGAUGCAUCCUCUUCAUCCCUGGCAUCUGCAUGAUAAUCGGGGGCCUGAAACACAGCGAGCAAAGAUUCAACAGCCGAUCUGCGGGAGUGAGCUCUGCAUUGCUCUUCAUCUCUGUGGGAGGUGUUUUUGCCCCCACGCUUUUCUCCAAGGCGUACGGGAACCUGGUGUGUGACGCCUGCACCAACGCCACGGGAGGAAACGGCUCGAGCAACGCCAGCGGUCCGUUUGUGUGCCACAACUGCCACUACGAUCUGAAAAAUGGCACUCUGUUUCGUGACCACAUCCAGCCUCUGGUGUACACCGUCUCCGCCCUCCUGCCUGCUGCCUACAUCAUUGGACUGAUAUUCACUCUGAAGACGCAUUCGCACAUUUAUAACAUCCAUGUUGGAGAAGGGCAAGAGACCGUUCAUCAUGGGACGGUGGUCCACUGGUCCCGCUGGAGGUCUCUGCUCAUCCUCAUUGUGGCCACCGUUCUCACGUCCGCUUGUGCCGACCUUGCCACCGAGCACAUCCAGCCCAUUCUCAACCAGCCCAACGUCUCUCAGUACUUCAUCGGGGUGACGGUUCUCGCAAUGGUCCCGGAGAUCCCAGAGAUUGUUAAUGGGAUCCAGUUCGCACUCCAGAACAACAUCAGCUUAAGUUUGGAGGUUGGAAGAUGCAUAGCUGUGCAGGUCUGCAUGCUGCAGAUUCCAAUACUGGUCUUUUUUAAUGCCUUCUGUGAUGUGGGCUUCGUGCUGCUCUUCAGCGAUCAGCACUUGUGGGCCAGCAUUUUCAGUGUCAUCCUGGUCAACUACAUCUUCAUGGAUGGCAAGUCGGAUUAUUUCCAGGGUACAGCCCUGGUGGUCGUCUACCUCAUCCUCCUGGCUUUGUAUUACUUUGCUCCGUCUCCAUCUGGCUGUUGAGAACAGAACCAAGUUUCAUCUCAAUUAGCACUUUAAAAAAAUUUUUUUUUAAAUAUGAAAGACUCAAAAUGAGCAAAUAUCAGUUGCACAGAAUCUCUGUGGGGUUUUCUGAGUGUUGAUGGGUGAAAUCUUGAAGGAAAUCUGAAGCGUUUUCUCCAUGCAAACAAAAUUAACUCAGGUAGGUGCUACUAAAUGCACUAUUAUAACUUGUAAACAAUAUUGAUAGAUGUGUAAUGUAUAGUUGAGUUGAUUUAUUUUUAAAAAAUAGUCCCUUUUUAAAAAUAUAAAGGACUAAAAGUAGUAUUUUUAAACUGGUACAAAAUACAUAUAAACAUAUUUAAAACAUUUGUGAAAGUUUGUAAAAGUUAAUCUCAAUAAAAGUUAAUUUAUGUGAUUUACAAUAAUUAUAACACUGAGCAGUUUAUUUUAUGAUUUGGUUAAAAUUUAGGUAUACACAAAACAUAAAUUACAAAAAAGGGCUUUAAACAAUCAAAUUUAACAAAGUUCGAAAUACCUCCUUUUCUUUGUUAAUAAGAUGAAUACGUUUUUCUGUUUGAGUUGAAUAAGUUUUAUUACAUGGUUGAUGAGGAUUAACCUGCGUACUACUGCAGACCGAUUGAGCUUGAGCAGAAAUAAAACAUAUCUACACAAAAUUUCUCAAAAAAAAAACAAAAAAAAAAAAAACACACAGCUGCCUGUUUUUAUUGUUUGCACAGACCAGAGAACAAGAUUUACAAAACAAUGCAGCCAUAUUUUCCUCUGAGGAAACAUCCAUUUGUUCCCCAGAGGAUUCUGUACACAGCGACAUGCAGACCAUAUGCAAGCAGAAGAUUUCACUUUCACAGAAUUAAAACUUAAUCAGGUUGAUACAUUUGAGCUUCAAGCAUAAAUAAGGCCACAAAAUCUCAAAAAAAAAAAAAAGAGAGAGGAGGAUGGGGGGU